UGUUUGAGUCCCAGAGCUUGUCCUGUUUCUUAAGAAUCAGGUGAGGAUACCAGAUGCAACAGAUAGCGAACUCUUUGCAAAACCACGUGGUGUUGUGCCAGCUGGUCGUGCAAGAGCAGGUGAGGACUGGAGGUGGUUAGCAGUGGAAGUACCUUCACAAUGGUGCCGAAGCAUUACUGACAGAAUUGUGGCUUUCUUGCUCUUACUUGGUAGCCCUGAAGGUGCAAUUCUGGGAGACUGGGAAGAAAAUGUAUUGCACUGACACAUGAGAGGUGCUUCAGGAAAGUGCCAAAGGAAAAACUCUGCCUUUUAGUGCCCACAAGUUCUGGCUGUACAGAAUGGCUGCAGAGGGCAAGAGGUGAUCAAAGCAAAAGUUUCAGAAGGCAUGAGCUAUAUUUAAUUUCCACAUAAGUGAGUCAGAGUGAUAGGAAUAAUGUUUCCAAUAUGUCUGUGCAGACUCUGCUUUGUGAAAGAAUUGCUGUUGCCAAAGAACUGAUCAAGAGAGCAGAAGCCCUCUCCAAGUCCCAGAAAAGGAGAAUAGAAGGUGGGGCAAAACUAUGUGGCAAACUGAAGGCUGAGUUAAACUUCUUACACAAGGUGGAGGCAGGGAAGGUGGCCGUUAAAGAAUCCCAUCUGCAGAGUACAAACCUUACCCAUCUUGAAGCCAUUAUCCAGUCAGCAGAGAACCUGGAGGAUGUUGUCAGUGUCCUCCAUGUCUUUGCUUAUGAGGAUAGGUUUGGAGACAAACAGACACUGGUUGUAGAUGUUGUUGCAAAUGGAGGUCACACGUGGGUGAAGGCCAUCGGUCGGAAGGCCGAAGCCCUGCAUAACAUCUGGCUGGGGAGGGGCCAGUAUGGUGACAAAAGUGUCAUUGAGCAAGCAGAGGACUUCCUGCAGGCAAGUCGUCAACAGCCAGUGGAGUACAGCAAUCCACACAUAAUAUUUGCCUUCUACAACAGCGUCUCCAGUCCAAUGGCAGAGAGACUCAAGGAGAUGGGAAUAUCUGUGCGAGGAGACAUUGUUGCUGUGAACUCGCUGGCAGAGCCCUCUACAGAAAACCAGCACCCAAGUGCCAGUGAAUCAGAUGAAGAAGACCUUGAACUCCUGCAGGUGACCAGAGUAGACCGGGAGAAUUUAGUGGCCAGCAUCGCUUUUCCUACUCAGAUCAAAGUAAAUGUGUGCAAUAGAAUUAACUUGGACAUCACUACCUUGAUAACCUACGUCUCUGCUCUGAGUUACGGUGGCUGCUACUUUAUCUUCAAAGAAAAAGUGCUAACAGAGCAAGCGGCUCAAGAAAGGAGGGAGAGAGUCCUGCCUCAGCUGGAGGAGUUCAUGCAGGGGAAAGAGCUCUUUGCGUGUGAAUCUGCUGUCAGAGAUUUUCAGUCUAUCUUGGAAACGCUGGGAGGACCUGGGGAGAAAGAGCGAGCUGCAUUGCUUGUUAAAAGAAUUAAUGUGGUGCCAGAUCAGCCAUCUGACCGUGCCUUAGGACUAGUGGCUAGUUCAAAAAUCAACAGCCGUUCUCUAACCAUUUUUGGGACAGGAGACACUUUAAAAGCCAUCACCAUGACUGCAAAUAGUGGUUUUGUGAGGGCAGCAGCUAACCAAGGUGUCAAGUUCAGUGUUUUUGUGCAUCAGCCCAGAGCAUUGACAGAAAGCAAAGAAGCCUUUGCCACACCUUUACCAAAGAGCUGCCCACCUGAUAAUUGACAGAAGUCAUUAAGGGAGUUGGUCACUGAAUAUUGCAGAUGCUGCAGUGAAGGCAUUUGGAGAAACAGAGGAGUCCACCCAUAUAUCAGUGAAAACAGUAACUGUAGCAGUGGAAGGGUUCCCCAAGGGACUUGCAAUAUCUUUACUCAAUCCUUGUUUGUUUGUUUUGUUCAGCUGGCUGUUAAUUUAUUUGCUAAUGUAAUGAGAUUUCAGUAAAAAUCAUUGGUUGUCUUACAGUAUAUUCAUUGUAUCCAUCCCUAUUAAAAAAAAAAAUAUCAAUUUAAGCACAGUUGCCUUUGUUGUUUUUGUCCUCUUCAGAGAGAAUAAAGUCAGCACCUUAAAUGGA